AUGCGGCGGCGGGGAGAGCCCGGCGCGGCCGGCCGAGGGCUCGCUCUGUCGGCGGGGCGGACGCGCCGUCGGGGCGCGCCCCGGCACCCCCGCCGGGCGCAGGUGAGCGGCGUGCAGAAGCAGCGGCGGCUGGCGGCCAACGCGCGGGAGCGGCGGCGGAUGCACGGGCUGAACCACGCCUUCGACCAGCUGCGCAAUGUCAUCCCCUCCUUCAACAACGACAAGAAGCUCUCCAAGUACGAGACGCUGCAGAUGGCGCAGAUCUACAUCAGCGCCCUGGCCGAGCUGCUGCACGGCCCCGCCGCCCCUUCCGACGGCCCCGGCAAGGCCGAGCACCGCGGGGCCCCCUUCGAGCCGCCCUGCGCCGCCGCCGGGGCCGGAGCUCCGCCGGGGCCGCCCGCGCCGCCGCCGGGGCCGCCCAGAGCGUCGCCCCCCGGGCACGGCCGGACUCGCUUCCCCCCGCCGCCGGCCGCGGGGGGCUACUCGGUGCCGCUCGACCCGCUGCACUUCUCCUUCGCGGAGGGCGCCCUGAUGGGACAGAGAGCCCCUUCCCCCGCCCUCCUCCUGCCGCAGCCCGGGCAGCCGCCGCAGGAGAGGAGCAAGACGUCGCCCCGGUCCCACAGGAGCGACGGGGAGUUCUCGCCCCGCUCCCACUACAGCGAUUCGGAUGAGGCCAGCUAA